AUCUCCACCACACAUCUCGUAACUCCCACCUUUCUCCGAUGGAGGGGCCACGGCGUCCUCCUUCCGCCACCGCCCCUGAAUCUGACGAUGACAAACCCGAUGAUCCUCCCUCCGUUUGGCACCGUCCAACCUCCAGCCUCCCCGCAUUACCAUCUCUAGAUCCUCCAUCACACCAUUGGCGUAAUCAUUCCCUUAAUCUCUCUCCACUCGCAACGACAUCUUCUCCAUCUCUUCCUCCACCGGAUUCAAUCCCUGAGUUAGAGACGUACGUUGUCCAAGUCCCGAGAGAUCAAGUCUAUUGGACCCCUCCUCCGGAACAUGCAAAAUACGUCGAGAAACGCCGCAAGAACCCGGAGAAAAACAAAAAGAAAGGGUGUUCUAAACGUCUUUUGUGGUUCUUCAUUAUCUUGGUCAUUUUCGGAUUCAUACUCGGUGCAAUCAUUCUCAUCCUCCAUUUCGCUUUCAACCCCACUCUUCCUGUUUUCGCGGUCGAGAGAUUAACCGUAAAACCUAGUAAUUUCGAGGUCACGUUGAGAGCUGAGAAUCCAACGUCUAACAUGGGGGUACACUACAUGAUGAAAAAGAACGGGGUCGUUUCCUUAACGUACAAGAAUAAGAGCCUGGGACGCGGGACAUUUCCGGGGUUGUCCCAGGCCGCAUCUGGAUCCGACAAGGUCAAUGUGAAGCUUAAUGGGUCGACCAAGAACGCAGUUGUACAACCUCGUGGCUCGAAGCUACCGUUGGUUAUGAUGCUGAAGAUGGAGCUGGAUGCUGAGUAUGAAGCAGGGCCGGUCAAACGGAACAAGGAAGUGGUGGUGACUUGUGAUGUUAAGGUUAAGGGACUGUUAGAUGCGAAGAAGGUUGAGAUUGUGUCGGAGAAUUGUGAGAGUGAGUUCAAGAACUGACACUCGCUCUAUAUAUAUUUUAUAUAUAACAUGAUUGUGUCGUUAGAGUUACAAUGUGCUUAAUUAAUUCAUACUUUCUAUGUAAUGUUCAAUUGUUCAUUUUUUUUUCCUAAAGUCUUUGUUUUUACUCUAUAUUGUUGAGCGACAAAAGAAAACGUGAACAAGAAGAACACAAUAGACAGAGCAUCAUUUUUUCUUUUUCUUUUUGAAUGUACCUUUGCUUUGGAGAUUACAAAUAAAUUUAGUUUAGCCUA